UGUUGAAAGUUAAGUGUUUUAAAGUCAAAUAUUUAAGAAAGAGAGUGCUUAUCAAAAGUGUUAAGUUUUGUGGUAAAAUAUUUCUAAAUCAGAAAAGUGAAUAUAUCGUGUGAUACAAAAGUUAUUAAAUUAACAUUUAGCAAUGGCUGAAGAAGUUUUGGUGGAGAUUUUGACUGCAGAAUUUGCUGAUACGGUAGAGUUCAAGAAGUGGUUUUUUGACCGUUUUCAGGACCAGGAUCGGGACAAGACAACGAAGCAGAAGACCGCCUGUACGAUCGAGGAGUUUGCCGUCCAGUUUUUGGCACUAAUCAGAUCGCAAACCGAGGACUUCACCAAGUGCCCUCCCUCGGUGUGCGAUACGCCGAAGAAGGUUCCCCCGGGGCCACCACCAGCGACAUCGGCACCGACAAUCCGGAAGCUGUCAAUCACAUCCUCAGCGGCUGAUCCUCCGGCGGCCACCGUGAAUGCUCCCCUAUCGCUAUCAACUUCGGUCGACGAACAACAACAGCUGACGUCCGGCUUGAAAAGAGACACCACCGCCACCACUGGGAUCGGCGUUCGGGAUGGUGACGGCGUGGGAGAUUCGCCGGCAUUCGGAAACCGGUCCCAGGGCCGAUCGAUUUCGAGAGAUUUAUUCGUGGGAGCGCCCACGGCGGAUGCGUUUCGGGAUUUGGGGAACGUGGAGGACGAUGGGGGAUUCCAUGGGAGCUUCCGGAAGAUUGAACCAGAUGCAGUGGGACGGGGAGGAGAGGAGACUGCGGGAAUGGAUGAGAGCGAAAAACACAUCUCCAUCGUCGAUGCCCCGUUCAGCCCGAUUCCGACCGCUCGCCACCCCGGCCAUCCCAUCAACGCCGCAUCCCGGAUUGACUUUGGCACGGCCGCCGUCAGCACUCCCAUCCGCGGAGGUCAACCGUCAAAUAAACUCAACACCAGCACCCCGAUCAACCGCUCCCAAGGCGGCAAGGCCGGCAACUCACGCAACUCGUGGACCACGCUCGCCGAUUGCUCGACCCCUGGCGGUAACGGUUCUCGGAAUGACUCACGCCGCAGUCACGACCGUUCCGGCAACCGGCAGACCAGCUCACCUUGUCUGGGUGACUUUAUUACGCACUCGUCGAUGAAAUCAAAGUCGCGAAAGUCGCUGAAUGUCAGCAAGGAUGCAAAUAAAUCGGCGAGUUCGAUCUUCAUGGAGAAUGACUUCCCGGGGUUGGGAACCUCGAUGCAGUCGUCGACCCCCGGAACUGGUGGCGAUCAGCAGCAGCGGAACAAAAAACGCGUCACGCCGAUUACGGUGAGCAAGACUUUGACGAGUCGGCUGGGUGGAUCGAGCUUCGAGAUGGACAACCUGGUUAGCGGGGGCAGUCCUGCUGCUGAAGGGAAGUCUCGGCGCCGGGUAACGCCCACGAUCCUCAGCCGAUCGACCUCGAGUCGGCACGACUUCAACAGCUCCUCGUUCAAGUCGGACAAUAAUCUCAUCAACCUGACCGAAGAUAACAGCUUGGAGUUGGACCUUUCACAAAAGGAUGAACGAGGCCUGCUCCGUAAUUACAAGGACAUCAUCAAAAGUAACUUUGAGGCCGCCGAAGAGCAGAACCCCGACCCGAGUAAGAUGAUCCACGCCGCGUUGCGUAACACGAUCAACACUCCGAGAAAGAAUUCCGAAAGUGGAAACACCCCACCACUCAUCAUCGAACUAGACAAGGUCACAAACCCUACCAAGAUCAAUCGUCUCGUAGACAUCUACACGCUAAUCAUCGACCUCAACCUGACCCCGAACAUCCUCUCCGAGUUCUCCUACCUGAUCAAUCUCAUCAAUACCGAGUUCGACCCCUUCGAAGCCAUCUCAACCUUCAACGCCGACUCCCCCGACUUUCACAACAUCCUGAAAAACCUCAACAACUGCAUCUUCUUCGCCAUGGAGGUCCUCAACCGUCAGCGCAAUCUCCUAGCGCUCCUCGACAGCAUCACCCUCAAAGUCCUGGUGGAAAACGAACGCAUCGCCGGUCUCAACGUUCCGCUGCACGCCUUUCUGAGGGAAAUUCACAGCCAGAAGCUGCAGCUGGACAGCAGUGGCCAGCGGAUGCUGGAGGAAUCGGUUCAACUUGGCGGUGGGGGUGCAGGUGGGAAUGGUGUACUGUACCAGCAGGAAGCGGACACCAAGGAGCACUUCCCGAGCGAGCGCGAGUUUGGGGCGUUCAAGAAGCAGCGGGAUGCGUUCUGUACGAUUUACAGGACGUGGGACUUCAAACACCUGAACCCGACGUGGAACUUUCUGGCGGAACUCGGGGGCAAAGUUCGCGCCCUGCUGGCCAUCAUGGAGCACCCGAUCAAUAUGGCCCACCUGGCGAAGCUGUUCACCGCCCAGCUCGUGCAGUCGUGCAACUUUCACAACUCUGCCGCGUCCGAGCUGGCGAUGGCCCUGCCCAACGUGGACCCGGCCAAGCUGGUGAAGCUGCGCCAGCGUUUGGUGGCCCCGAGCCAGUUCUCGACGCAGUACCUGUUCCCGGGCAGUCAGGCGUUUUUCCGCGAUUUCAUCAUCGCCGCCGAGGCCAAUCAAAUAUUCAUCGAGCAGCUGAAGGCCGCGCUGAUCCACGAACUGGUCGGCAUGAACGACUCCUCGUACGAGGUCCUGAACGUGUCCAGCUCGGGCAGCAGCCAGCACGAAAGCGAAUACGUGGUCCGCCCGGAAUCGACGACGACGAUGCGUGUCCUGGCGAAAUUUAUCGGCUACAUCAUCUCAAGGCCAUUCAACUACGACAGCUACCGGAACAGCACGGUCGACAAUCGGCAGAUCGAGCUGCGGAAUGAGCUCCUUCCCCUGUUCGACGUGAAAUCGAUUCUGGUGCGGGCCAUCGCCGAGCGGAAGCUCAUCAUCACCGUGCCCUGGCUGGUCCAAUAUUUGGCCAUGCUGGACGGGAUCAGCCUCCGGUUGGCCUACUAUCGGGGCCUGUUUGACGUGCUGUACGAGCUGUACCUGCGAACGUCGUCCGUUGAGCUGCUGCGACACGGCACGGCCGCCGACCGGAAGCUGCUGGUGACACCCACCUCAAAGUUUAUCAUCCGCGUCAGUUUGGGCUGGCUGUUUGAGCAUCCGAACGUCCCGGAGGAGUACUACAACUACAGACAGGAACGGCGUGGGUCGGGGGUGAUUGUGGACCAAGGGUUGUUGAGCUACAAGAAGAUUGAGCUGUCGCUUGACAAGGUCAACGCUGAAGAGAUUCAAACCAACCAGUCCCUCCAGGGAAUUCUGAAAGGUGAAGAAGAGAACAAAUCAUCCCUGAUCAAAUACGAUCCCAGCGCCGUUGAAGAGUCCGUCCCCCUCAACCCCCUUCUCGAAAGCAUCCUGAACGCGGCCUGUCCCUUCCUGGCCGACUUCCGCGUGUCCAUGAUGCCGUCCAAGCUGGAAAAGACCGUGUCCCGAUCCGGUCGCUACCGUCACAUCACAACGAAAUACUCCGGGGCAACGACGGUCCCGUCCGCGAAACAAAACCCCACCAACGAUCAGCACAAACUGCUGGAAGCGUUUCUUCAGUCCCAAUCACUCUCCGUCCGUCGAACCGUCGAGUUCGUCAUCGAGCGGACCUCGUCGGCGGCCGUCAAGGACUUUCAAAUUGCCGAGCUGCUGCCCAAGCGAAAGAAAAUCACCGAACAAAUCGCGACCCUCGAGGCGGACACGCUGUCCGCGGCCACCAAACGGAUCUACGUCAUCUGUACCGAGGCCCUGGCCGAAAUCAAUGCCAGCUGGGACGCCCUGCUGCCGGCGAGUUUGGCGCGACGGAUUAAGGAAGGAUUCGAUGCGCUGCUGCCGAAUGAGACUCUGGAGGCGGUUAAGCGAACCUGUAUAAAUCUGGCCCUGGAACGGUGUCUGGCGAAAACGAACGAAUGGCGUCAAACGCAUAUGCUGGAGAUUGACCUCUUCUGCAAGGACAUCCAAGGUGAGGCGGCCAAGGCAGUUCGUCCCUCGUCCCUCGAUGCUGACCCGUCGUCAUCAUCGCUGGCCAAACCCCCCCAGCCCAAUUCCUCUCAAGCCCCCCUGACGGUAGUUUUGGGCCGGGUGCAGCACACCGCCGUCUACGAACGGCUCCAGGCGCUCGUCCACGUGGCUGCCUCAUAUCCGGACGAGCUCGGCCCGGAAGAAUUAGUGCAGUUUUUGGCCCUGGUCGGGCGCUACCUGGACGAGCAGGACGGAACGCCGACGAUGAACAAAACACUCGCCUACAUGCUGCUCCAGCUGGCCCUGCUGUUGGUGAUCAAUCGGUGUGAUCUAAUUGUGCCUGACAUUGUGCAAAGUUUGCUGGCCGUGUGGAAACACCGGAAGUUGGUCGAGUUUUGCCAAAUCCCCGAGACCGGAGGGGAUGGCAACGGUGGCAGUGGCGGCGAGGAGGAGGAAAUCGAACGGCUCAUUAUGGCCGAACAGAACGAGGACGGCGAGCGGUCUCUGGUGGAUGAGGCGGACAUUCAGCGCAUCCGGGACCGGAAGCAACAGGAAGAGGCCAACUACAUCUUCUCGACGCUGGUGAGCAACCGGUACAUUCGGAUGAUGGAGUUCUCUCAGCAACUGCAGCAGAAUCAGAAUCAGCAGCAACAGCAACGAACGGUGGACGAAGUGUUUGCAUGCUUUGCUAAUUUCAUCAGCAGUCUCGUGGACAGUAAUUUCAUUACGAUCCGCCGGCUGAACGAGCAGUUUGUACGGAUCUUCAACGAGGACUGGCAACAGCACACACUGGAGCGCGUCUCGCGGCUGAUGGAAGCCGUCCUGCGGAGUGGCCGCGGGGAUUCGUGCUCGGCCCAGGACGGUGGUGGCGGUUGUGGCCCAGGUGGACGCCCAGCGGGAACGGCGGACGAUUCCCACUCGCAACUGUUUCUGGAAAUGCUGUCGGAUCUGGCGCGCGAAAUUGAGGACUUUUGAGGAGUGGGGCGCGCGCCCUAAUUGGGAAAGAAGGACACCACGAUGAUGACGACGACGUAAAUCACUGCCAGGUGAGAAAAUUACGUUUUUGGAUUUUGCAUUUAGUAACACAAUUUUGUGUUGUGGUUUCUGGUUUCGUUUAUUUACUUUGAUAUUAUUAA